AUCUGCUCUGUGUACUCCGGCACGUUUUAUCCCCACUUUCUCCCGAUUUCGUACUGGGAUACGGACACAACUGUCGUUUGGUUUGGCCUUGAAUCCUCGGGAGGGGGAAAUGACCUGCGUUUGCUAGCUUGGCUUGGCUUAGUUUCCAGCCAGAUUUCAGAACUGCUGUACACAUAAUAAUAGAGCCUAUUGAGCAGAGCCUACGUUUUCUUUUCAAAAAUUCAGUUUUAUCCGUGAUUUUGCUUUUACCCUGCAAUUUUUUCUUUAAGUUUUACCUUUCAUUUAUUCAAUUGCAAGUACACGUGAGUGUUUGAAGUGCUCGUCGAACGAGUUAAGCAACUAUCAAAGAAGAUAAUGAUUAUAUAAACAUCGCGUUAAACUAUGGAAUGUUCUGAAGAGCUUGAUAUUGAACAAGCAUCUACGUCUGCAGACGUCAGAGACGUUCUCGAUGCGGAAGAUGAUGAAAGUAAACAGUGGGAAGAUGUUGAUGACAUUUGUUUACUUUGUGACAAGCCGAUUGAAGACUCAAAAUCGUGCACCGUUAAAGAAAGAGAUCAAUCGCCGCUUCGGAGGAAAGAGUGUCAUAGCUUAUCAAAUGGAAGAAUAAAGUUCUGAAAGAGAAGAAAGCCAAGAUUAACCAUCGUGAAGCAACCAAAUGUCCACAAAGUGUUAAAAAGUCCGUGAAAUCUCAGUGUGAUCAUAGUAAUAGGUCAGUCGAGAUAAGGCAGGGGGGAGGAGCAGGAAGGAGCAAGAGCCAACGCGAGGGUGUUAAGGGACCGCGAUGUGUAUCGGUGAAGCAGGAAGUAUGUGGAAGCGCGAGUUAAAGUCGAUUCCUAACCGGGCCUGACUCGGGUCGAGAUUGAUUCGAAAAAGUACGUGAUUAGAACGAAGCUCGGGGAACUUCGGCAAAUGUGGCUCUGUGCACGGUGAGCCGGGGAUACGGGGGCCGAGGGGCCCGCGGUGGCGGGGUCAGUGGGGCUAACGGAGGGCCCAGUGGGGCCCGUGGGGGAAGCACUCGAGCCCGAAGCAGGGCCGAGUCGGUCGUGAGGUUACCGCUGAGUCCUCGAACCCUGUGCGCCCCGGGGCCUGUGGCGGGGCCCCAUACAGGGGCCCAGGCCCAACAGCAUUCCCAGCAGCAUGGCCAACAGCAUGCCCAAUCUCGUGAGCACCAUGCCGCCUCUCAACCACUGACCGGAAGCGCUGGUACCGGCUCGGGCCUCGAAGAUGGCCCGGGCUCAGCGGAUGAACCGAUGGUACACGUGGAAAGGCCCCAACAACCUGGCACUUGGAUUUGCUGCGUGCCCUGCUAUUGGCUCCGACGCAGCAAAGCCGUCCACAAGGCCCUACUCACUUUCGCCAUGUUACUCGUCACCAGCUUACUCGUAACCAGCCCUGUACUCUUCCUCAUUACGACUCUGCCGGAAGGUGAUCAGCCGCGAGAUUGCGCGCCCCUCGACGAGCCAUGCAUAAGGGAACGUGACGGCACGGAAGGCGUGUGCGAGACGAAAGCUUGCCAGGAGGCUUCGAAGAGGAUGCUUGUCUCAAUGAAUACUGGGGUUGACCCCUGCACCGACUUUUAUCAGUUCGCCUGUGGCAAUUUUCGUGAUCGUGAACCCUAUCAACCGAGUUCGAGCUUUUCCAUGCUCCAGAUUCAGGUCGACCGUCACAUUGAGAAAAUGCUCGUCAACGAAACUGGCAAGAUGACUGGUGUAUUCGAGAAACUUGGUCUGUUUUACGAGAGUUGCCUACGGUUUGGAAAGAGGGAAGUCGACUUCGCACCGGUGUACAACCUCCUCGAAAAACUGGGCGGCUAUUUACCCCCGAGGAGUUCCGCCCCCGCGGACAUAACUCCUUUGGUCUCGUCGCUACUCGAAGUUGCUGGUGCACCGCUUUUCGACCUUUACGUCGAUGUCGAUCUGUACGACCGUUCGAGAUCAUCAGUGUUUCUCGAUCUACCCUCGAAAUACCAAGCCGACACUUUUUUCACCGAGAAACAGGAAGACGGGCCGAGAUGGCGCGAAGGAUUUUUGAAGGCAGAAGGAAGAAAUAAACGUUCGAAUCCGGCUGAGAGCAGGGCCUACACAUUUAUCAAGAACGCGAGAGAAGAGCAGAGAUCUCGCAGGAUCGAGAAAAUCAUUGAAGGCCUCUUACCCAAGGACAUGGACCCGAGGGAAAGAAGCUCCGAGGCCGAUCAGUUGUUGCAAUUUUGCCUCGCACUCAACAAGAUAUAUCCCAGGCACAAAGAUCUGUACAAUUGGGUCGAUGUCGAUCAGCGGGUCUACGUGCCUUAUAACUUGACCUACCUCCAAGAGAGCUUCGGUUAUAUAAGGUGGGGGACGCUGCUAAAUGAUACAUUGGGCACGACGACCACCGGGUUCUACGGGCAUGGUACUUCUCGUGCUGGUCAUGCGAAGGAUGAUCGUCUGGUCUACGUUUAUGUCACGGCGCCACGAUAUUUUCGCUCUCUUGGCAGGCUACUUAAUCGUUUUUCCAAACGGGUCAUCCACAAUGGGCUGCUGUUGCUCUAUGCUGUCGACACGUUGCAUGACAUCGUGAACGUGACCGCGAGCGCACAUUGGAACGAGUCGUGCAGCAAACUGACGAAAAAUAUAUUCGGCGAGAUCGUUGGGGCGCUCUACGUACAACAAUAUAGGCCGGACUAUCUGGAAACCCUCGCUAACAGGGUUUCCGGACUCUUUGAGCGCGUUAAAGAGACACUGGCAGAACGAAUGCUCGUUAUGUCUUGGCUCGAUGAUGAUACCAGGGCCCAAGCUCUUCUCAAGCUCGACGCGUUGCGUGGAAAGUUUCACGUUUGGCCUGGUUUCCACAACGAGAGCCUACUAGCACGCGAAAUGACCGAGGUGGAAAUCGAUCCUGACGACUAUUUUGCGAACGUCAUCCGACGGUUUCGACAGACUCGCAGCCCCAACGGACAGUUGAUGCGGAGAAACAUGAGUGACAGUCGUUCCGCAUUUUCAAGGUGGCGCCAUCCCUACGCUGUUAACGCUUAUUAUGAGUCUUCAACCAAUUCAAUCGUAAUACCACUCGCUAUGAUGACUGCCUGGUCAUGGUCCUGGGACGGAGGACCAUCUUACGCUGCCCACGCAACUCUCGGUUCGGUUAUAGCUCACGAGAUUUUGCACGCAUUUGAUCUCCAUCACCGUCGAUUACCUAUUGAUCCCGAUGUCGUUAACGAUCAAUGGCUUUGGAUAACACCGGAAGCCUGGAGCCGUCUCGAAGCUAAAAUCGAGUGUGUUGCUCGGUUAUACGCUAAAAGAUUCUGGAGGAAGGUCAAGUUCUUCGGCAAUUACGUCGAUGUUCAGUUCGACUGGAACGUGACGAGAAACGAGAACGUUGCUGAUAUCGGUGCUCUGCAGAUCUCUCAUCAGACCUGGUACACAUUGAGCAAUGGAAGAGACCGUACUCUGCCAGGUCUGGAGGCCCUUCGUCCGAGCCAGUUGUUUUUCUUAAGCGCCGCCCAGACUUAUUGUUCUAACAUGACUGCCGAGGCCUACAUCCUCUCCGUCGAGCUCGAUUACCAUACACCUUAUCCAGAGAGGGUCAACGUCGUAAUGAUGAACUCGCCGGCCUUCGCCGAAGCCUUCCGUUGUCCUACCACUGCUCGGAUGAAUCCAUCCAACAAAUGUAGCACGUGGUGAGAUUUGAACCGAGGUGCGGGGACCACUUUGCGUUAAAAUCGUGCUGGCUAAAUGUGACGUUUGUUCAACGGUUAUCCGACGACGUGGCUCAAUUCGCGCGAGGCAUCUUUACGUAUUUUAUUCUCCAUUCGUCGUCAUUUUAUCUUUUUCACUGACGGCUACAAGCGGAGUCGUUUGUCGGAGGAAUUUUAGCACUUUCCGGAAAUGAAAAAGCGUCGAUCGAGCCAUCAUUUUUGGCGAAUUCGAUUGGGUACACUCGAAAAAAACGAGGGAAUUGCGCGCGAACGAAGAGCAAGUUCAUAGAAGAGGACGCAAGGAGAAAACGGAAGACAAAGAGCGAGAGAGAGAGAGAGAGAGAGAGAGGAAAAUGAGAGAAUAAGAGAGAAAGAUAUAAAAGAAUAAAUUGAUAAAAAUAUAUGUUUCCUAUGCCGGGGAAUCUCUUGUAGAUUCGGAGUGCGACGAAAAUGGAUCUCGUGCGCCGGUCGUGCGACGAUAUAAAAAUGAUGGGUCGCGGUGAUAGAUCGAGAAAAUAAGCUUUGUUAUAGUGUUUUCAGAGUCUAAUCGACGUUCGUGACGGUGAGAAUUUUCAAACGCGUUUAUCGAUCGCCCGUUGUUCUAAGGGCAAAUGUGAAGGAACGAAAUUUUAAAGAUUUGAGAUAACCAAGCGGAGACCGUUCAUCCUUUGGAUUCUUUUAUUGAAGAAGAAGCUUUGAACGAAAAUAUUAGAAUAAAAAUGAUUGAUCCGAUAUGACGGACAAUGAUACGAAACCAUGUGGAAUGUAUACUCAAAUGAGAUACGAUAGAUGAAAAAGUAAAAAAAAAAAAUGAACGAAGAGUGUAUAGACCGAAGAGCAAUAAAAAAAAACGUUUUAAGAUAAAUAAGAAUAAACGAAAAAGUUAAAUGGGUUUAGGGAAGCUUGAAUAAAGUUAUUUUUCGCAAAAUCGUAGCAUAAUAUUUCGUCAUUAGUUUCACACAAAGAUGGAAUAAGAACAGAAAAAAAUGAUCAAGUGGCUAGUAAAGGCACACAAAAAUGGACGAUUCGCAAUAAUAAAAAUUCUUAUAUUUGUUGUUCGAGUUGCAAAUUAGUGUACGUAGAAAAACAAAAAACAAAAAAAAAAAACAAAAAACAAAAACAAACAAAUGCAAAAACAAAAAUGUGUUUUUAAUUUCGUCUCUUCUCUAUGGUUUAUCGACGAGCGUUAUUCCGUAGUGAUUAGUGUUGAAAGCAAACAAUCGCGAACUGUGAUAAUUCUUCGGCAAUUGCGCAAUUCGAAGGAUCCGUCCUGAUCGUCAACGCGUUCGAUCGAUCAGACGAAUAUAAUUAACCAAUCGGCUCAAUCACAUGCUACAAGUGUCUCCGAUCCAUUUGGCGGGUUUCAAAUUUUUCAAUAAAUUCCAUAAGAAGAAGAAGAAGAAGGAAGAUUAAAAUUCAACGAUGAGGAGGACGGAUCCGUCUUGAUCGAAUCGAAAGCAUAAAGUAGAUAAAAUCGUUUAAAUCACCAUUGUAAAUGUACACCGCUGAGCAUACGACUCUUAUUGCAAAAUAAAUAUGAUUUAUACAAAAA